GACUCCUCGUCCUCUCGUCCCCUCACCGACCGCAGAGCAGACCAAGCCACAGAUGAGCAGCAGGCAGAGCAGAAUCGCCUGCGCCGCGGACAGGAACCGGCAUAUCAGAUCUCCUUUACGUGUAAGCCCUGCGGGCAUCGGUCAUCGCAUCGGAUGUCCAAGCAUGGCUACCACCGCGGCACAGUUCUGAUCCAGUGCCCGUCUUGCCAAAACCGACACGUUAUCAGCGACCAUCUCGGCAUCUUCCUCGACCAGAAGAGCACCCUGGAGGAUAUCCUGAGCCAGAAAGGCCAGGUGGUGAAGAAGGGCUUCGUGAAUGGCGAUAUGGAGUUCUGGGAUGACGGUACC